UUUUUUUCUCUUAAAGGAGGAUAUAUUUUUUUCUGGAUGAGAUAAAAGUGACCAGCCACUUGCAUUCUUUUUUACAGUUGGAAUCUAAAUUGUUGAAACUGAGGGAAGCAGGAACAUCAUCUUAAUGAGUUUGGAUUAAUAAAAUGUUUCAAGAUAGUCUUUAUUUGCAUAUUUAUAGGCCAAAAAGUUGCUUGAGAUCCAUAAUCAUCUUUCUUGAUUCAAAUGCAUAUUUAAUUUUAGUGGAUAAGCAAUAUGAAAACUCGAACUGGAACCGAGUGAGAGUUCUCCAACGACUAAGAACUCGAGUCGUGACUUCGUACUCGUAUAAUAAUAACUCAUAAUAAACAAGCAUAAAGCACAAAACAAACAUGAUAUGGUUACUCAGUUCGGUGAUAACACAUUUAUGUCUAUGUCUGGAGGCUUAGCCUAGGGAAACAUUUCACUAAAUUCUUUUAUCUCCUUUUUUUUCUUUAGUUAAAAAGAAUGUGGGUGUGACCCACGAAAAUUAUCUGUAUUCCACAUGCUUUUUGGCUUUUGGGAAAAGUAGAACAAUUUCACGAAAAAGUAAUCGAUUGCACUACUUUGCUUGAUUGUUUUGACUAUCUUCUUCAUUCUAUUCUUCUCUAUGUAGAUAAUCCUGUUGUUUAUUCUUACUAAAAAAAGAAAGAAUAAGAAAACAAAUAGUUUCCUGCAUCAUCAGAGAUGGCCUAUGCUGCUCUUGUCUCCCUCACAAACACCAUAGAUCGAUUCCUUAAUAGCAAUCUAUAUUCCAUCUCUGUUGAAGAAGAACAACAAAUUACAUCUCUCCUUGAGUAUGUUACUCCCUUCCAAGACUUCCUCGAUAAAUUUCCAGACAAGUUCAAGAGUUUGGAAGAGCGGAUGAGGGAAGCGGCAAAUGAAGCAGAAGAUAUCUUAGAAUAUCUUGUUUUGGAAAAGGUUUUCUUGUCUUCAGAUCAAGAGUCUGAACUCCACGAUGAUCAACUCGACCGGGACUCUAUGAUCGAGGAUACUAUUUUGAAGCUGGAAAAGAUGUUGAAGGAGUGUGGCGAAGAUAUUCUUCGCCAGAAAGCUGAAGACAACAUUUUGAGAGCCCGAAUUCGCGACGUAGGACUUGAAGUGGGAAAAUUAAUGGGCUUCUUAAAGUGGUAUAGAGAUCACAUUCGUUUCAGAGACAAGUGGAGAUUUUUACCAGCCAAGUAUGCUAUGUUCAAGUCCAAACGCCAGUUCAUAAACCACUUGAAAAAGAAGAGAAAUGAAAUUGAUUCGAUCAUGGCGGAGGUGAUCGCCAUGAGGAAUAUCAGCGACGCGGCUGCUGCCUCCUCAUCCGAACUUGCACCGGUCGACCAGGUUAGCGAUGAAAGUGCAGAACACCAUAGGUUUGACAAGUGGAAAUUUUUGCCAGGAAAGUUCACCAAGUUCAAGUUUAAACACCACUUGAAGAAAAUAGGAAAGGAACUUUUUUCGAAGAAGAAUAAAAGUUCCACAAUAGAAGAGGACAUAGUGCAACUAGGUGAUUCUUCUGCAUCAUCUGGAAUGAUUGCUUUACAUGAUGAUGAAGAUGAGAAGCAAGAGGAAGACGACGAGGAGUCCAAACUCCAGUCCAUAAAACAAUUGACAAAGAUGGGGAAUGAAUUUGAUUUGAUCGACAUGAAGAAUAACAGCAGCGACACGGCUGCUUCCUCGUCUGGACUUGCACCAGCCGACAGGGUUAGUGAUAUGAUUAGUUUACAUGAUGAUGACGAUGAUGAAAAGGAGGAGGAAGAGGAAGAGGAAGAGGAGUCUGAAUGCUAUCGAAGUGCAAAACAAGAACAGCAGAUGCAAAGAGUGAUGCAGAAGAUUGCAUUGAUUGCUGCACAAGUGAAGGAAAUCAAGGAUAGCUCCAGCAGCAAAGACGUUGUACGUGGUGGUGCUGAUACUUCUGCUGCUCCUACUUCAUCAUCAACUGAUCCAUCCAUCCACAAAUAUUCCAUGGUUGGUUUUGAAGAUUAUGUGUUAGACGUGAAGGAUCGCCUCUGUGGAGAGCCAUCCCGACUCCAAGUCAUCCCAAUCUGUGGGAUGGGUGGCAUCGGCAAAACUACUCUUGCCAGGAACGUUUAUGAUGAUCCAUUAACGGUGGGCCAUUUUGUGAUUCGUGUUUGGGUCACAAUAUCACAAGAUUACAGUGCACAGAGAAUUCUUUCUAGCCUUCUGGAGUCCUUGAAAGAAUACGACACUGGUAGAUUGGGAAAAAGUGAUGAUGAAAAAGUGCACAAAAUUUUAAUGGGGAGGAGAUAUUUAGUUGUGAUGGAUGAUAUGUGGAGUGGUGAGGCAUGGGAUGUCGUCAGAAGGGUAUUUCCUGAUGAUGGCAACGGAAGCCGUGUUGUGCUAACCACGAGGUUGUUUGAGGUGGCUUCUUAUCCGGAUCCUUCGAACAGGCUUCAUGAGAUAAGCCUGUUGAAUGCAGAGCAGAGCUGGAAUUUGUUGAAGCAUAAGGUGUUUGCAGAUGAAGAAUGUCCUUCCAAUUUAGAAACUAUUGGGGAGGAGAUUGCGACAAGCUGCAAAGGAUUGCCCCUCGCGAUUGUGGUGAUUGCGGGGCUUCUAUCCACAGUUAGUAAGAAUCCAUCUUCAUGGCAGGAGAUUGCAGAAAAGGUGAAGUCUGCAAAAACUACAGAGCAUGACCAAAUAGAGGAGAUACUAUCUUUGAGCUACGUCGAAUUACCUCAAUAUUUGAGGCCAUGUUUCUUGUACAUGGCUACCUUUCCGGAAGAUGAUGAGAUCAAGGUUGUGAAACUCAUGAGGUUGUGGGUAGCUGAGGGCUUUCUGAAAUUUUCAAUCAACUCCAAGAGCUGUGAAGCGGUGGCAGAAGAGUGUUUAGAUGAACUCAUGAAGAGAAAUCUUGUUUUGGUCAAAAAGAGGAAGUCUGAUAACAGAAUCAAAAGCUGCAGCCUCCAUGAUCUGAUGAGGGACUUGUGCAUAAGGAAAGCGCAUGAAAGUCAGUUUUUCUUGAAUCUGAUGGAUAAGCAUGUUAAAAAGAAGCCUUUUAGAGAAAGGAUAAAGAAUCAGCGCCGCGUAAGCCUUGAUUCUUCUCAUCUCAGAUACCUUUCAGACGAUGAUGAUUCAACCAUCCAUUCCAUCAGAUGCUCGAAAUAUCGUUUAGUGAAACUGAACUUUGUCAAGGGUGUGAGGUUGCUGAGGGUGUUGGAUACGGUACCUGCUGACGUGAAGAGCUCACCAUCAGUGCAUCAACUAUGUGAGUUAUUUCAUUUAAGAUACCUUGCUAUUAACUAUAUGCAAUCUAUUCCUAAGGGAUUAUCGAUGCUUAAGAAUCUGCAAACCUUAAUCCUCGGAAAUUUAAGACGACGCAUACUCGGUGUUGGAGUAGUUGAUUAUCUUGUUUUGAGUUGGGACACGCCGCAAUUAAGACAUGUUCACUUUCACGGCACAAUCUAUUUUGAGGAUCCAAGUGAAACAACUAUCUCUCUAGGAAGCCUACAAACACUUUCCUAUAUAUCACAUUCGAGUUGCACAGAAAGGAUCUUGAAAAAGAUCCCAAACCUUAAAAAGUUGAAGAUUGAUUGUUCUGGGGGUCGUCAUCAUGAAGAUGCAGCUUGUUUGAAUGAUUUGGUGCAUCUGCACCGGCUCGAGAGUUUGAAAGUAUAUGCUGGUCGUUGGGUUGGAUCUCGGCCAAAGCACUACAAGAUUUCUUAUCCUAGCAUGCUGAAAAAGUUGAGUUUGAUUGAUUUGAGACUUCCUUGGAGCCACAUGAUUGUUGUUGGUACAUUGCCAAAUCUACAAGUACUUAAACUAAAAAGUUGUACUUGGAUCGAUGGUGAUACAUGGGAAACAAGCCAAGAAGCAUUCCCAGCGUUGGAAGUUCUUCUAAUUGAAGGUUCAGGGUUUGAGAAUUGGAUAACUGAAAGUAGUCAUUUCCCCAAACUCAAACGGCUACUGCUUCGUUCUUGUUGGGAUCUCAAUGGGAUUCCAAAUGAUAUUGGAGACAUUUCAACUCUUGAACUCAUUGAGGUUACUGGAAAAGUGAAAGAGUCUCUAAUGGAGUCGGUUGAAUUGAUACGAGAGGAGCAAGAAGAAUAUGGAAACAACAUCCUUCAAGUUGUCUGCAUUGCUAAGUCCUAAAGAUGUGGAUUUGGAUAAGAUUGAAGAAGAAAAGAGGAUGAGAAUGUGUUCUCAUAUUGAAGAGGUCCUCUUAAGCAAUGGAGUUUGAAACUUGUUUUGAUUUGUUAGAAGUUUGUUUCGCAUGUGAGUGGAUGAUGUUUUGAAGAGUGAUAACAAUGUCUAUGUUUUUAUGAAGAAUGUUGAUCUUUCACAGUUAGUUUCUUUGUUCCAAGAUACUUGGUUGCCCAUUCAAUCAACUAGGUCACUCAUACAAUGUAAACCGCACAUUAAUCUUGUUUAUUUAGCUAUUUAUUUAAAUAAACACACUAAUCUUUUAUU